AUGGCUACGUUUCUGGCGACGCCCGCUAGUCUGCUCCGUCCGAAGUGCCGGAGCUCCAAUUGCCUGGAGGUUCCGAAGGGCCUUCCGAUCCUCCAUCUCAGGCAGAGGACCCGGAGGCCCCGGCAACUGAGGCUCUCUCAUCUGCCUCGAGAAUCCAUCUACUUCCGGACUCUUACCGCUCUGUGUGCGUACGGCGAAGCGACUGAGACGGAUGCGGUGGAAGAGACGACAUCCGAGGUAGCUUUCUUACGGAUUGACACUCUUGUUUUUUAUUGGUACGGUGAAUGGUUCGCUCGAAUGGCUCUUUAUGCCGCUUAAUCAUUCUGUUUUUUCAUUCAAUCUUCAACUUAUUUUUACUAGCGUUUUUGCUUUUGUUUAAACACUGGAAAACAUUUUGCGUUGCAUAUUUUCUUCCCUGGUUGAUGCAUCUGUUGUAUUCUCUAGUCUCCCUGAAUUCUGAUACUGUAGGUUUUAUAAUAAGAUUGGUUAGUGAUUCUCUGUCAAAAUUUUCUAAAAGAAGUCCCACUGAGCUCUGGCGGUGAUAUGUAACACCACGCGGAGUUAGGUAGGUUAUACAUUAGGGAUUGCGGUUCGCCUUUUCAAUUCUGAAAAAAGAUGCAUCAAGAAGAAAAAAAAGGGGAAAUUUCCUGGUUAAUUUUGGUGUAGAAAGAUUCCGUUUCAACUACUUAUCUUCACAUAAUUUUUUAGCUGAAAUAUAAUAAACUUAUCUCUAUGAUGCAAUGUAUGAAGUUCAGGUGCCGUUCUUUGUCUGAAUUUAUGUUUUUUGGUUGGAAUCUCAUCUUAUUUGGUAUGAAGAAGAUUUCACUGAAACCGUACAAGAAAAUCUUACACUCCCAGUUGUGUAUGACUAAUGCGGACCUCUACAAGCUGCAAGAACUACCUGCAUCUUCUGUGUGAACGUUUUAGCAAAGGGAUCCCCCUAGCAUUUCUUUUGUAUUACAUACAUAAAUUAAUAUUAUUAAAAUGGUGAAAUUAUAAGGACUGUAGUUAGACUGCACAAAUUUAUAUUCCAUAUCACAUGAACAGAUUUAAUAGGUUUCUUCAGGCUCUUUUGUAGUCAGACUGCACACAUUUCUUCAGCAUUUUUGGGUCUCCAAUAUGUUCCAACGCCUCCUUCCCCCUCAACAAUUACUCCGUUCCUUUCUGUGGAGUCUAUUUGAACAUGUCCAGACCACAUCGAGCAGGUCUCCCUUUUUGUUUUCUAUAGGUAUCUUGCCUAGCUUCGUUGAAGACUCAUUUGUAAUUUUUCCUCUGAGGGUCAGCCUACUUUUUCCCCAUAAAAUUAACUAUUCUUUGUUGCCUGCCUUAUUCAUUCCUUAAUGUCAAAACCUUCAGGGUGGAUCCCUAUAAAUUCAAUGCUUAUGCUUCUGUUACUCAAUGUACAUAAGGCUGCUACUUGAUCAAAAUGUCCAUCUUACUUCAUCAGGAAGUCUUGGUUUCUGCUUUAUUUCUUGCAUACAUAUGGUACAUUAGUAAAGGUAUUAUUGCCUUUAAUAAUGGCCGCUAUAAGAUAUAUUGAAAUACUCAAUCAUAGACACCUGGCUUCCUAAUGGGACCUUGUGAAUGGACUUGAUGUUAUACUUGUGUAUCCAACCUCUUGUCAUGACUAUUCACCAUUUUUGCAAUGAUUACAGGUUGUCUAUAGUCUGUUUGCACGCACUUGUUUAUGUUUGCUUCUUAAAUUACGAUAUUUUUUAUUUUAACUGGAAUCAAGUAGGGUAUUCUUGCUCCUCCGAAUUUACUAAAAAGUGCAUUACAAAAGUCGCAAUGGCAAAUCUCUUUUGGCUGGAUGGAUUCAUAUAAUUGAUCAUCCUGCCUUGAUAUUUAUAUCUCCAAAGAGAUUUCUAGAUCUUGUCAUAUCGAAUGGGGAACUUUGAUUAUUCGUCAUUUCUUACCAAAAAGUCAAUGACUGUGGUAAUCUGGAAUUGUAAUCUCAUCCCCUUUAUCUUUAUGACUAACCUCUGUGAAGUCAUUGUAGUAAAUGGUGAGAAAUACUCUCUCAUACUUUUAUGUGGCCCAGCUUCUGUCGGAAGUUGACAUGUUACUGAGAAAGGAAUCAUCUUUGCAUCAUACUCUAAUUAGCUCUUUUCUAGUCUUCUGCGUCAUUUAUGUAGUUCUUCUAUCCUCGUCAAUUUGGCUGUAGUGCCUAGCAGCGGUAGCAGUCUCAUGGCAUAAACCUAUAACUCCUUCACUACUUGCUGUUUCAUUUCUAUCUCUGUAGCAUUAAUUAAGAAUGUGAACCUCUUCUCAACAGGCAAAUUCAGAAGACGAGGUUGCCAUUGAAGAGGGCGAAACAGAUGGAGCUACAGUCAAUGCAGAGGACGCGCAAUCAUCAGCUGUAUUGGCAUCUCUUCAGUCCUACAGAGAAGCCUUAGCUAAUGAUGACCAAUCCACGAUUUCCGAGAUCGAAGCCUUUCUUCAAUCAGUCGAAGACGAGAAGAAUGCUCUCGCAUCCAAAGUCGCCGCUUUAUCCGAGGAGCUGUCCGUGGAGAAGGACCGGGUCCUCAGGAUCAGCGCUGACUUUGAAAACUUCAGGAAGAGGACUGAGAGAGAACGACUCUCCCUGAUGACCAAUGCCCAAGGGGAAGUAGUGGAGACCCUGUUGCCGGUUCUGGACAACUUCGAAAGGGCUAAGGCUCAGAUCAAGGUGGAGACCGAGGGAGAAGAGAAGAUCAACAACAGCUACCAGAGCAUCUAUAAACAGUUUGCCGAGGUUCUGAACUCGUUAGGCGUUGAAGCCGUGGAAACCGUCGGCACCUCAUUCGACCCAAUGGUGAGUACUUUGUUGGAUAUCUUUGUUUUUCUCUAAAUUAAAUCUCUGAAAAACAGCAAUUUUGUAGCUUUUUUUGUUGUUAUUUGGCCACUGUUUUCUCAUUAUUUUCUAUUUUUUGUGUAUAAAAAAGCUUCAUGAGGCGAUAAUGCGCGAGGACUCCACAGAGUUUGAAGAAGGCAUUGUACUCCAAGAAUUCCGGAAGGGAUUCAAGAUUGGGGACAGGCUCCUGCGCCCUUCGAUGGUGAAGGUGUCUGCCGGACCGGGGCCCGCCAAGACUGAGGAUGCUCCAGACCUGGUCAGCAGCGGAGGAGCUGAUCAAGAGAGCGGCGAGGAGGGCGCCGGGGAGUCGGCAUGA